GACAAGUGGCUGAGCCACCAAACCCUCUACCUGGCUCCAAAGGCUCUUGUCCUCUAUAAGUAGGCACAACCAAUUCAUUCGAUCCUCUGCUCGUUCACUGUACUCGUAAAGGCAAUGGGGGAAUGGGGGUUGUACGGACGCGUGGCGAAGAAGAAGGAGAGGAGGAGGAAGAGGGAGAAGAGAAGGGGUCGUGGGUGGGUCCAUGUGAAGGUGAGGAAACUGCAAAUGCUGAUUCCGGGAGGGAGAGAGCUGAAGGCCGAUCUGCUCUUGUCGAAGACCGUCGAAUACAUCUUGCAGCUCAAGCUGAAGAUUCGCCUCCUCAAAUCUCUCUCUGAUGUCUAUUCCCUUUGAUCUCUAAUUACGUAAUUUUCAUUUCUUUUUAAAUGUUAUCCUAAGUUUUCGUAUUUCGACUACAAGUAUAUGUCCGUCUUUGUUUUGAUAUGAAUAACAUUUGAAUCAAGAAUUCCGGGUUGUUCUUAGA